GCCAGACUGGGAAAGAAGCGGACCCGGCUAUUGGCCGACACAGAUUGAGAGACACCCAGAGACCUCGGGAGUACAUGAAUCCGACAGCCAACCUCAGGCUCCUCACCAAACAAAGUCGGUCUACGCUUGGUAACAAUGAGUACAUCAGAGACCUUGGAUCGAAUGGAGCUAUGCGAAAGCCUCUUGACAUGGGUACGUGGACAAAUAUGAAGUUAAUAGGGUUUUUAUUUCACUGUCAGAACAGUUUUCCGGCGCCGGCGAUGCUAGCUAGCAUAGAGGCUAACACUAGCUUGGUGAGCUAGCUGGGUAACGGUUGCAGGCUCGGGGAAAAUGACGUGGGCUCACGUUGGUUACGUAUACAGGCCAGCUGUUUGCUACUUUAGCUGCUGAUGUGUUUCUUACCAGCCGCAACAAAACCGUACACACAGGAGAGACUGCGAUGUUGUUUGUAAUUCUGCGCAGUGAAACGUGUAGCUAGCUUAACUUUCCUAACGUCUGUCUGAUGUGAGGGUUUCACACGGCAGAAAGGGUGGCCUUGUUUGGGUUCACAGAUUCAUAAAUGGAGGCUUUUCUCUCCGGAGUGAAGAAAUAACGUUACAGCUCAGUGUGUGCUCUGAGACGAGAUUCCUGUCAUUGUUUCCCCGUGUGUCACCACGGCUUCCUCCCUUCUUAGUAUUUCUGUUACUAAAUACAACAAUGGUGGUUUGGAUUUUUGCUCAGAAGUACCCUUUAACCUUCUUUAAUAUCCUCAAAGCAGAGGAAAAAAGGCAUCAGACUGUAGCCUCACAUGCUAGUGAUUGGUGUAUGUUUACAUCGGAAUAACCGGUAACGUGUCCUGAGUUGAGACAAUACACUGCAUAUUAUUUUUAAAGUGCUGUAUUCUGGGUCUGUCAGUGUUUGAGUGACUAUAUCGUAAAACAAAAAUGGUUAGUUUCUCGGGAAAACACUUUUUUUAAUAUAGUGCCAAUUAGGGCCCGACCAAUAUGGAUUUUUCGUGGCGAUGCCGAUACCGUUUAUCCGAUUACCGAUUAAUCGGCCGAUUUUUUAAAAAUUUUUAUGAAGCUAUGAAAAAAUAUAUACAUAUCUACAGUAUACUAUAUGCUCAUGUACUGUGAGCCCCCUAAAAGUUGAAUUUGUGGUAGAGCUGAUUUAUUGGUUUGCAAUACAUUAACCAAGUGUUCAAAAUGUCUUGGCUGGUCAGCGGACAUAAUAGAAAAAAGGCAAAAAAGAAAAGUUACUUGAUUCAUGUUGAUAGUUAUUUUUUAAUUUUUUUAAAUCUUUUUUUAUUUUAGCUUGCGUCAACAAGUGUUGCCUUGAAUAAUGAGUGGACUAACUAACAGGGGGAGCAUGUGAAGGACACUGCAUUGGUACUGCCAUGUUUUUACAGUAAACUACUGGCACAAAUGUCAGUGUUGUAGAGUGAAAACAAGCCCCGUGGUGCUUGUUGUAGUAGGGCUUAGUGCAAGCAAUCGCCCUUAUGUCUGCAUAGUCAUGUGCCUCUCACACUGUCAUGUAACAAAAUCAGCGUUCACAUUUCCUUUUGUGAAAUUCACAAGUGAUCGCGCCUCUCAAAUCUUAGCACUUUGAACCAAGAGAUUCAGGGGAUUAAAUGCAUUCAUCAUAACAUCAUUAAUGUCUUUGUAUUCUUAAAGUAUAACAGUGAGGGACUAUCUUAAUUAAUCACAAUAGCAGAUAUGAUAACCCAGCACCUGCUCUACUGUCUGUCAGUUCAUCAUAGGUGCCUCCUCCUUUUGUCUUCACUGUUCAGUUUAUCUAAUGCCUUUCGACAUGCUUCCAGCAACUAUCUAACAUGCAAACAUUCCUCACAUACCUGUCAUCUGUGAAGUCACAGCACAGACUGUGACUGCUUGUUACUAAAACACGUGAGACCGUACUUCUUACAAAACAGCAGUGGAGAUGUCUACCUCUGCUUUGAGUCAAUUGGAAGACCUGAGAAGUGAUAUGAAGAAACACGGGGUUACUACUGUGAAGAAGGUUAUCAGAAAGUUUUAUAUUUGUGGCUUAUAGAUACACCAAAACACAAAUAUGUCACAACAGAUGAAAAAACGAACAUCUGAAGAGGAUACAGUCAAGACAGCACACCUGCAAAUACUAGAGUGGAAAAAUACUUAACGAUAUUGGCCAAAUGACAGUUUAUUGUAAAUCUGCUGUUAAAUCUCCUACAUAGUUCAUGUUGUUGUUCUCGUCUGUUGUAUAAGCCAGUUUUUCUAAUGAGAGCAUGAGAUGCGAGUGAUAAAAUGCUGCCCUGUGCCAGUGCACAGUCACAGGACAAUACUUUUUCUUCACCCGUAUAAACACCUCUGUGCAUAAAAAAGUUUUUUUCUGUGUGUUUAGAAAAUAUGUCUCGAUGUGGCUUUGAGUGAUUGUGCUUUCUUGCAAUCACAACUUGCCAUCACAUGAUAAAAUUAGCAUGUUUUACCAUGUGUAUUAAAGUAUUUCCAAAAACAGCUCAAUAAUAUGUAUGGUGAAAAGACAGUUUAGGAUGUUUUACACAAGAACAACAACAAAAGCAUCCAGGCCUGCAUUUGAUAUGUGAUAGCAGCACAUAGCAGAGAUCCACAUCCUACAUUUGACUCUCUCAUACUUUACAUUGAAAACAAACAACAGGGUGUAUCGGGUCUUAGUUAUUUUUGUAGCAUGUAUUUUUGUCUCCAAUAUCACUUCGUCGGCACUACAUACAUGUUCACUGCCAUUCUAAAACUGUGCUUGGUGUGACAUUUGAGGAUGCUAGUAUGAUGUUGGUACAGUCAACUAUCUGUACAAGCUUUAGAGCGGAAUAAUGUUAGUCUUGAGGGACAAGCAUCCUUUGACUCUCAUCACUUCUAUUAGGAUUAUCAUCAUCAUUCAGUGUGUUUUUCCAGAGUCAGUCUGAGUCAGGUGACACACUCUCCGCAGGCUGGGUCCACUUCCCACAUGUUCCCACAAACUCAUAGGUGUGGCUUUCCUCUGUCUUGGUAUUUCAUGCCCGUGAUUUCUUCAUGAACUGGAGUUGGUAUUGUUACUGUAUUACUGCUGGUUGUUCAGUGCUCAGUGUUUGUGGAUUUUCAGGAAUGGUCAUGUUCUUUUUCACAGGUGUAAAUGCAGUUCACCCCAGAGCAGGAAUGGGUACAUCAUUGAUAAGAUUUUUUGAUGCCAAUACCAUUAUCGAUUCUACUAAGAUCGAUUGAUUCUUUAUUGAUCCCUUGUUAAUUCUUCCUGUGAAUUUUUGUGUAGAAAAGUAGGCUUCACAGGUUUUCUUUGUCAACAACAUUUUACGCACAGGCUGUUUUCUGAUUGAUGUUUUGUUGUAAAUGUCCAGCUGUUGAAAAAUCAGCAACAAGAAGCUACAUGAACUUUGCUUAAUUGGAUAGAAAUAUGAGGAUAAUUUGAAAAAAUUGUCAAGAUGCUGAUGCAACAGAAGAAAUCAGCUACGUUUAGAGAGCACCUAUUGUUUCAGAGGGUUGGCUGCAGCUCAUCGACCUUUAACUCAGGCCAGGGACAACGGAUCAGAGGCUUAACUCAUAGACUAAACUUUGCACUCUUUCCAAAUCAAGACAUUAUUUUUAGUCUCAGUGCAGAUUGAUCAGGUUGCAUAUUGCUAAUGGACAAGUCUUUCAGUGUGAAGCACAAAAAACAAUACAGUUCUUGGUUUGGUGGGCUGUAGAUGGAUACUAAAAAGUAUUGUGAUAUGUAUUUUGUGUCAAUUUCAGCUGAAUCUACUCGAUAAAUGGUGUUGGAAAACUGCAAGUUUGAUCUGUGGAAAAUCACUAUCAAAGCUGAUGUGAUAACCAAAUGAAUGAACCUUGUGUAAGCAUGAUGAGCAUCUCAGGCCACCAGUGUGACACAAGUAAAUUUAACUCUUGUGCUGUUAAUAAUCAAAAUUCAGCUAUAUGAACAAUGUUUCAAUCACUGCUAGCCGCUGAUUUCCCAUGAUUCAUAAAAACAUAAGCCUCUUUCACGCACACAAAGCUCUGAAAACUUCAUAAAUUUACUGAGAGGAGUUUCAUGUUUGAACAGAAAAAGCUAAUUUCAGCUUAUCUUAGCCUGCAGUCUUCCUAACCAGCUCCCUAUCGUGAUCACAGGAUAUGGUGGAGGCUGAUGAGGUGUAUGUCAAAUGUACUUUGGGCUACCCCCAGAAUUUUCAUGAAAUUCUAAACACAGGAGGUCAGUAAGUAAGUAGAUAACACAGCACCACAGGAGAAAGUGUAAUCUUGAUCCUGCUGUUUUGGAUUAAGCAAAAAAACCUAUCUGAAUUUGUAGCUAACAGGAUGACUUGUGUAAGGGCAGUGGAAGUUUUCUCUCACUGGUAGUUGGUGUUAUGUAAUCAGGGCCAUGUCUCAGCUCCUUAAUGUGCUGGCUCUGGGCCAGUGAUCAGUGACUUCAGCGACAAGCUGCCUGAUGUAAACAACAGAGUUGUGAUCAGGGUCCAGAACUAACUUUUUGACUCACCGGCAAAGUUGGCGGGUACAUAAAAAAAUUACCCGGCCAAGCAUAUUUUUAGCCUGCCAUUUACAAGCCAUUUGGCAUGUAGAUACAAAUGUAAUGGCCCAACUGGAAAUCUACCUGCAUUUGGCAUGUGGUGGGUGUCAAUUUAGGACCCUGGUUGUGAUGAUAACAGAGUUGUGAAUUUUGAUUUGAUACUAUUAAAAACCAUUUGAUACCAUACCUGUUUCAACACCACAGAAUUGAACUCCUGCUCAAGUCCUUGGCAACCAGAAUGGUUCAUUUUGCUACAAGGUGUUGGUGCAGAUGCUACAAGGUGUUGGUGCAGAAAAACUUUAGCAUUUUGACGUACGGUUAAUAGUGAGAAAAGACAAAAUAAACAAGAUUUCCUUAAAAAGUCAUGUUUAACAAACUUUCAUCUUAGUACAGAUGAAAGUUAAAACAAAGACGUUUGGCAAACUGUUAAAGCACACAAACCAUCGUCAUAUGAGAAAUCCGACGCUAUGACUCUCCACAAGUUGUCCCUCAGGUCGUUUGUAAUAUUUGUGUCUUUUAUCAUAAAGUACUCUGUGCUCCGACAUGUAAACAAUCAGCUGGUUGGCCAUGUUGGAUAUACCGGUAAAUCAGAUGUCGCAACAACACGCAAUCUGAUUGGUCAGAAGUGGAAACCCAGUCUGCGAAACUUUAGAAAAAUCGACCAUGAUCCGAAAAAAACAAAUGCCGCAAUAUCGCAAGUUGGGAAAACGUCGCUGAUGUGAACGCUUGUAUUGACAGGAUACUGGUUCGAAAAAAAAUAUUGACGUCCGACUCCGAAAUAAUCACACAACAAAAACGGUCCUGGUGUGAAAGGACCUUUUAAAACCACUGUGAAAAAGGCGCAAAACAAGUUUUUCUGUUACCUCUCUAUAUUUUUGUUCAGUGUUGUUCAACCGCAGCUGUUUUCUCUCUCUCUCUCUCUCUCUCUCUCUCUCUCUCUCUCUCUCUCUCUCCUUUUCUCUCCAUUCCACCCUGGAGCUCCAUGUUAAAAAUACAAGCGUAGGUCUGAUAUUUGUCUCAUAAGCGUCAGUGCCUUACCAUUCUUUCAUAAUAACAGCUGUUGUAUUGUUUCAAGCUUAUGGUAUUUAAAAUGUCACAGUGUCAGAAGCUAGUUAAGUAGGAAUAAGAAUGGUGAAGGAGAAUGUCAUGAUGGUGACACAUCAGUCAUUUUGAGGCUACAACUGUCAAUAAAUUCAGACAAAAGCUCUUGGAUGAAAAGUUAAUGUAGCAUUUCAGAGAUCACAGCUGUUUAGUCAGUCUGGAUAAAUUUGUCGUCCCGAUGCUUUCAGAAACCUGUAAGAGUUGUUAUUGAAUCAUGUGAUGUUGCUGAUGUUAUUUGAAGGGUCAUGUUGCCCUCAUGCCACAUGAAGAGUGUCCUUCUCUGUGUACAGUGUCAGGUGUCUUCUUGUUAACGCUUCUCUGUUUUUGUCUGAUAAGUGAUAUUACAGCCAGGCCAUACACGCUCCAAGUUUAAUGCUUAAAUCUGGACCAAAAAGAAGUUAAUAAAACACAGCAAAUCAAAAGUGCUUCUAAAUUUACCACUUGUUUGAAAUAAUGUGUUUAUUACAGCAAAUCAGCAGUUGUAAAAAAAAGUACUUUUCUUUAGUUCUGUUUUUUCCUCUUUUUUUUUUUUUUUUUUUUUUAGAAAAUCAGCUUUAGUGAAGUUAAGCAACAGAUUUUGAUAGCCUUGUGUAAUGUACUUUAUUGUUAUUAUGCCUAGGCUUGAAACCAUUUUUCACAACCAAAUCUUUAAGAACUUUGAUGAGGUUUUCACAUUGUUGACAAUAACAUGGUGAAGAUAUGAAAACCCUUGUUGAAUGAAACAUAAAGCACUCAGUUGAGUUAAUUUCUGCUGGGUUACCUCAUGUUUAUCCAGGGCAAAUCCUCCAUCAGGGAUCUGAACUGUGUUUCUAAUUGAUAUGCAGUCACAGUAAACUUUCUGGCCGAUCUUCCUUUCCUGCAGCUCAGAGCUUGACAGCUGUAAGUCCUGCCACGUAAUGAAAUGUGAGAUCGACAGGAAGAAUUUCAACCACACCAAAAACUCAACAUUCCUCCUCCCAACUUCCCGUCGUCAUGCUGCACGUGGGCUUUUGGCGUGCAGACUGAGAAAUAUUCACUGUAUGGGCAGCAGACUUUUAGCCUGGAGGAAAAGUGGAACUGGAUAAUAAAACAGAUAGAAAAAGGAACAUGAGAAAGUGUGCACUGAUGACUUGCAAAGCUAUGAAAAAUCUUGCCAGAGUACAGGAGCAGGAAGUAUUAUAGCUUGUCAGUCACAGUGGUGGUUGUUGUGUGUUUUAGGCAGAUAUGUUGUGGUGACAUUUAACAGCCCAAACUGCACUAAGCGCUUAAAGUGUGUAUCUGUUUGUUGUUUUAGAUUCAGACAUUUGGAGUGGAAGCUCCAUGCAAGACUGUAGAAGACCUGACAAGUGGUAUCGUCAUGGCUCAAGCUUUGCAGAAAAUGUAAGUUCUUCUCUCUCAAGAGGAUUUUUCAAAUGUAUUCACCAGCUGCAUAUUACACGUCUAAAUCAAUAUCCUCUGUUUUGAAUUUCUCAGAGAUAUAGUUUAUUUUAAUGAUGCUUGGAUUAGUAGAAUCAAACCAGAAGUCGGAGACAACUGGAGGUUAAAGGUAAGAGUCUGUUAUUUGCUUUUUACUUUGUAAAGCUUUUGUGAAGUCAGUUUUUUUUUUUAUUUCUGUUACGUAGCAAACCUUUUCUGUAUUUUGUGUGUUUUUCAUUAUCUUAAGUAAAUGUACACGAUGUUUCUUUUUUUUUUAGGUCAGCAAUUUAAAAAAGGUCUUAAAAGGCAUCCUCGACUACAAUCAGGAGGUGAGUAAAAUCUACUUUAUUUAAAAGACUUGAUCACUUCCCAGAGCUCUGACUGAAUUUGGAGAAGGAUUGCUGAUUUAUCUUUAAUCUCAGACACAACAAUUGACACCAACAUGACGAGGAAGUGUAGUUUUCAUUGAAUGAGUUUUUAUCAUUAACAUCAUUUUUAAACCACAACAAAAAUUUGUUCAGGUCUUGGGCCAGCACAUCAAUGACUUCACAUUACCAGACGUGAACCUCAUAGGAGAACACUCUGACGCUGCAGAAUUGGGGAGGAUGUUACAACUUCUACUGGGCUGUGCUGUCAAUUGUGAACAAAAACAAGGUGACCUUCUUUUAAUCAGACUGUGUGCUGUAUGUUCUGAGAUUGCAGUUUGCAUCAGCAACAAAGUUUAAAACUGAAAUUUACAUCAGUGUUUUUGUCUGUUCUCUAGAAUACAUCCAGACCAUAAUGAUGAUGGAGGAGUCAGUGCAGCAUGUUGUCAUGACAGCCAUCCAGGAGGUGAACCUUCAUGCUAUUUCUGACCCGCUUUGUGUUAUAUUGUUUUUGAUUUAUUUUAAACAUUUUCUGUGCCAUCAAAUUGGUAUGACAGCUAAGUAAAACCCUCUGACUUGCGUAAGUGAGUAGUUGCAAGAUUGACUGUUAUCAGUAAACUUUUCUGUGUCUCUACAGCUGAUGAGUAAAGAGACUCCAGUGUCUGGAGGAAAUGACUCAUACGCAGAUCUCGACAGACAGGUAAAGAGAUUUAAUCCAAUAAUCUCAUUUUAAAGCCUCAAAACCUCAGAUUUUCUUGCGCCAUCAAUACAAACUUCAGCUAGAACACUGUAUGUAUAGGUUCACCACAUGUUGUUGUAUGGUAAUGAUUUACAGCAUUUUUUAAUUACUCUUGGGAAAUAAUCGAUAUGUCAGAAAGUAUAAAAAAUGCCACAAACAAUGAGACUUCAUCUUACAUUUCCCACCUUUACAAUCACAAACCUGUAAGAUAGCUGGAUUUUUGUAGAAGCUGGCACACAACCUCAUCAUUAUUGUUAUUUUCUGGCUAUUCUCUUUGUACAACCUUUGAGCAGUAUGUUAAUGACCCUGAAGAUAAUGUGAACAGUUGAUGAAGUGGAAAUCGAACCCUGUUUUCUGUGUUGUCUGUUCUUAGCUGAAGAAGACGGUGGAGGAGCUGAACGAUGCCAUGGCUACCAAGGAAGAGAUCGCUCAGAGGUGCCGUGAGCUUGACAUGCAGGUUGGUUUUAUUCAAUUUGAUGGACUCAUGUUCUGCAGCAGUAUACGACAUCAGACCACAACAGUCUUAAUGACUUUACCUGAUAGAGCGAAAGCCUCUAGUAGUUAAAGCAAGAGUUUAAUUGAAACAAUAGCACAUGAUAAGAAAGUGUGACUGAGUUUCCAAGAUGUUGAAAGAAUGUCUUAAAAACAUAGUAAUGUGUAAUUUGAACAGCUGGGAGCAGCCUUGUUAUGAUCGAACAUGCUGUUUAAAACUGAAAUAAAUAUAGAAAUAAAGAAUGGAAACAGAUUAACUUACAUCUAAAAUACAAAGUUUCACUGAGUUAUGUGUUGAGAAAUAUACCCAAUGGUUCAUUAAGCAUGCUGCCUCAUUAGUCCCUCUACCACCCAAUAUAAAGAUCUCAUUUGUUUUCGCUAUUAUUUGUAACUCUUACUGUCACACUGGUUCUGUUCAUUAUUCUAAAGCUAAUACAUGAACGCUUUAAAAGCAGCUCCCUUUUUGCAAAUGUGCACCACCAACACUGAUUGAGUUUUUUCAACUUUAUUGUUUUUUUAAACAAUAAAAAAAAACAUCAGACCACUAUGGGAAUAUUUAUGAACUGUUUACAUUUUCCUGAUGAUCCGGGUUUCACAGAUAAAAAAGGAGCUGUAGUUUAAAGAGUUACCUGCUCUCCUGCUGUAUUUCCUCCUAUUUCCUGACCAUUUCAAUACUGUGUGCCUUACUUUAAAGGCCCUCCAUGUCCAAGAGGAGCGUGAUAGACUGAGGUUAGAGUUAAAUGAGCUAGAAGAGAGGGUAAAUCCAAACUUUCUUUUCUUCCUGUCUCUCUUUUUUGACAUUGAUAGUGUGUGCUGUGUCUAAUGGUCCUGGAUUUUUUUAGUCUGCUUGCAACAGCAUCCCCCCCGUUUGGAAUCCAGAUUCCCCCCUCUCCUAAUUACAUGUGCAUGUGUGUGUGUACACAUUUGUGCACAAGUGUUUGUGCACAUGUGUACACUGGUCCUCCUGGGGCACACCAGCCACAGCUGCAGUUUUUGUGUGGGUGUGUCAGUUGUCGCCCCUGCACUAAUUACCCUCUGCCUUUUUACCUUUGUGAGUCACAUGCUCUCCAACAGCAACACUGGAAAAUAAGAAGAAAACAUAGUUUAACGACCCUUGAAGGCAUUAUUUCUUGUCACAAUAGCCAUUAUUCAUAAAAAAUGUACAAUUUCAUUCCUUUUGAAUAAAAAGACAACCAUAGUAUCAUUUCAUAUAGUAAAGGUAGUAAAAACAGAAAAGUUUGAAUCACUGACAGGGCUCAACAGUGUGACCGUUUCACUUGCAUUUGUGACUAAAAAUAGAUGUGUGCGAAUUAUAAAAUGUAUUUAGGGGCACAUGUGCGCAUGAAAAAAUCAGCUGAGGCGACAAAUAAUUUUUCAUGUUAAUACCGCAGUGGAGUUAGUUUUAGGUUGGAUAUCAGACGGACAUUAACUGCGGAUCUAACAGUGUCUUCUCACUCUACAUAACCGGGAAUAGCAUGAGCAGCUUAGUUAAAUCUACUCGGCACCCUCGCUGUCAAUGUCGGGUGUUGAAUAAGGGACUGUCAAUAAAUUACCGGUUAAUGUCCUCAAAAAAAGCUGUUUUCCUUCAAUAGCGUCCAUGUCACGUGACCAAUUGACCUAAAAUUGAUUUCAAAUAAUAGUACAAAGAUCGGACAAUAAGACACACCUCUUUAUUUCCCUAAUUUCUCCUCUAAACAUUUUUUUUUGUUAAAUUUAAAGGCAAAUUUCAAACAUUUUCUUCAGUAGCUUCCAUGUCACAUGAUCAAAAGACCUGAAAUUGAUUUCAAAUAGUAGUACUUAUGUCAACUAAUAAUACACACAUUAUUUAAUAAAUUUUUAUUGUGCCCCUAAAGUUCUUUGUGUGCUCCUUACUUUGUCAACUUAGGAGCACAUGUGCUCCUUCUGAAAAAAGUUAGUGUCAAGCCCUGACUGACUGUACCACUAAAAGCUCACAAAGUUCUCCUACGUUUAAAAAAGAAAUGUUUCAUGUGAUAAUAACAUUUCACUAUCAUGUCAAACACAGCCAGAGAAUUAAAGAAAUUAUGGUAUGGUAUCUUAACACCUUGUUGUAAUAAAGGACCCUGGCUUGUUCAUAUCACAGUCAGAUUUUGUUUCAUUAUAUUUAACAAAUUUCAACCAUUUCAAUCUCGAAUACACCUCUUAUGAAUGGUGCACUGAGCUUUUUUAUUAGUACCUCCUCAUCUUAGAACCAAACAGCUUCCUGCUUUGCUCUUUGUGGAGUUUGAUUACCUGUCAAUCAUAAUGAAAAGGUGCCAUCAAACCAGCCCUCUUUGCUGUGUUGGAGUUUUUUGGUUUGCCUUGUUGAGGUGUGCGUUUGAUGUGUGUUUGCUCAACUUCUAGAGUGGCUGCAGUGAUUGAAAACAGUUGAAUGCAUCAAUAGUUGUUCAUGUUCUUUAGAGAGGCUUAAGGUAUUCAAUAAAAACAGUUCCAGUCUUUUCUAACUUGUUUAUUUUCUCCUUUCUUCUCUCCUUCCUCCAUUCUCCCACUUCCACACCUCCCAUGUUCCUUUGCUCCCUGUUAAUGCCCACUGUUCUUCAUGCAACCCCCUUUCUUCCUCUUUCCCUCUGUCCCUCCUACCCUUAUACUUAAUUUCUCUCUCUCUCUCUCUGCUGAACCAUCCUUUUCUACUCUUUUUUCUUUUUGUAUUUCUGCUCUUGUUUUCUUCCUCCCUCCUUUAGGUGGCAGCUCUGCAAGAAGAGAAAAGCAGUUUGCUAGCUGAAAACCAGGUCCUGAUGGAGAGACUUAACCAGUCGGACUCCAUAGAGGACAUAAACAGUCCUGCUGGACGCCGACACCUCCAGCUGCAGACACAGCUGGAGCAACUACAGGAAGAAACUUUCAGGUAAGGGGUUGUUUUAGCCCCAUAAAUAGAAAACAUGAGUGGACGUGUUUUUCUGUCAGAGGUUUUAGGAUUUUAAUGAUGACAUUAUCUGAUCUGUGUAGGUUGGAGGCUGCAAAAGAUGACUACCGGAUCCGCUGUGAAGAGCUUGAAAAGGAACUCUUGGAUGUGAAAUCACAGAAUGAAGACCUCACAUCCCUCGCUGAUGAAGCCCAGUCUCUGAAAGAUGAGAUGGAUGUUCUGAGGUACAACAAGGAGGCCAAUUUUUGCUUCACAACACCAUGAAAUCGAGUUCUCUCACAGUAAUGUUUGGUUUGCCCUCAUUUAAGUUUCAUUUAGGAGUUGAUACAAAAAGCUGAAGAUAAACACAUGAGAAAACAUGAGAAACUAUUAUCUGUAUCUUACAGAACAGCAGUAUUUUUGCAGCUUUUUAGAAUAUAAUUGAAGGUACAAAUUAUUUGAAAAGUGUAGGAUCAGAAGAGCUGUAUUUAGAAUAGUAAAAGUAGUAUUGUAACCAUGUCCUAAUGGAAGUGAAACUAGGCCAGAAAAACAGGAGAUGGUUCAUAAAAAAAAGUUAUUGUUGAACCCUUGUCCUGUUAUCUCAGUCUUUUGUUAUCCCAGGUGUGUUGCUACACAAACAGAGCUGCGAUGAAGCCCCUCCUUCACCCUUUCCUCUGUAAAUGCAACAUCUUCAAAUGAAAAUACCUGCUGUUUUUCCUCCUAGGCAUUCAUCAGACAAAGUCUCAAAGCUGGAGGGAACAGUAGAACACUACAAGAAGAAACUGGAGGAUAUGGGUCUUCUCAGGAGACAGGUACACCACACACAGAAACUCAACUUAGUUGUUUUUGUUGUAGAUAGUUUCUACGCCAUGCUGCAAUUAAUAUCUUCUGAUGAUGCCAUUGAUUCAAGCUGACAAUGUGUUGCAUACACACAGACACAGGAAAUGGGCUCACAUUUCUGUCCCUAUUUUUCAGAACAAACUGAUGGAGGAGAAGAACACAGUGUUAAUGCAGACUAAUGUCAGUUUGGAAGAAGAGCUACGGAAGGCAAAUGCUGCCAAAGGCCAGCUGGAGACAUAUAAGAGACAGGUCAGCAGCCAUAUUGACUUGAUGAUCAUCAUUGGCAUAGACGCCAUCAUGCACCCCGUCAUGAUUCUCACAUAGACCCAUACAGUAGGUAUCCUGCAUUAACUGCUGGUUUCUCUGUGCAGGUAGUGGAACUUCAGAACCGACUGUCAGAAGAAUCUAAAAAGGCAGACAAGAUGGAGUUUGAGUACAAGCGGGUCAAAGAGAAAGUGGACUCUUUACAAAAAGAAAAAGACGUACGUAUGAAAACAACAGUGUUAGUUUAAGUGGAAUUAUUAAAGAAAAUGGUUUAAAAGAAAACUGUGUGUGAUUCUGGUGUGCAGAUUUGGGAUCUUGCAGACCCCGCUCUAUUCUCUUUCCACCAUCCAGUAUCAUCUCCAUUUAGCUUGUUCUUUCCCCCUACAGCGUAUGAGAACAGAGAGAGACUCUCUGAAAGAGACGAUCGAGGAGUUGCACUGUGUGCAAGCCCAGGAGGGACGGCUCUCGUCAGGUAAAACCUAUACCUGCCAAGGCUUGUUAAAUACGGGUAGCUGGCCUUGCCCCUUUGUUAAGUAUAGGUCUACUUUUCGAGCCUUAACGUUUAAUUCCCUGUGCUAAUACUGUUUUUGUUGUGUUACAGGUUUGUUCCCGUUGACCAGUAAUGAUGGCUCUGAUUCGCUGGCUGCUGAGAUCACCACUCCAGAGAUUCGGUAGGCCCUGUGUUUUUAUAGGUUGUAAUUAAGAGUCCUGUAAAUAUUCAACCUUGAUAGCAUUACUGUGCAAGAGGUGGGUGAGGUCCAUUAAUGUAAAUACCAUGCUUUACACAGGGAGAUAAAUCCUGUCUGAGAAUGCAACAGUAAUAGUGGGGAUGAUUGAGUUUGUGUUUGAAGAAAAAUCAGGAUUAUUUACAUGCUGAAAAAGUUCUCAGUUGUUAUUCUAGGGAAAGCAGCAGGUAUGAGAGGUUCUUCUUCACACUGACAGAUCCAGAUAACUGGCUCUACUGUUGAUAUUCCUGAUCUCUGAGUGUGUAUGUGUAGACAGUGUGUGUGUUGCUGUGUCAUUCAGUUUGAAACCAGCUGGUGUUUAUAGCCUGCCCCCUUUCCCCUCUCUGCCGUUGUAAGGUAGACGAGUUUGGCCUGUCUGUAGUGAGUUGUGUAAUAGCUGUGUGUGAGUUACAUCAGCCUGACUGCCGCUUUCCAAGAGGGCUGGGUUUUCUUGCUUGCAGCACACUGUGCCUGGGUAUUUAUUGAACCAAGAGAAUGUGGAUUUACCUCGAAAAUCCUAAUCCACUAAAAGCUACGAGUGGAAAUAAAAAGUGACAUGAAUCGCAUUCGCCCAGUGCAGGCCGUGCAGUUGAAUCUGAAGUAAUGUCAUAUCCCGCAAAUGAUCAUGUGAGCUGUAUGAAAAGGAGAAAUGAUUCUUGUCUUGUCAUUGGCUAUGUAUUUUAAUGCAUUAUGGGUGAUGUCUGUUGGUUGUCAGGUCACCAUCAGUGAAUGCAAAAACUGAGACUCAUCCAGCAGCAUCUGGUGUUGAUUUGUCAGGUCUUCCUUUAAACUAUAAAACAGGAAGAGCAACAGCUGGAAAUGCAGUUUUUCUCUGGCUAUAAUGUGUCAGAAACAAGCCUCUGCCGGAAUGAAAUGAAAUUUAUGAAGCUACACAAACAGAUUUUCUUUUUUUGCAAGUGGUCCAGCGCUUGCCCCGUCCUACUCUGUGCUAACCAGGAGCUGACUUCAUUCAUGUGGAAACUUUUAGCCAGUUCUUUACUUGAAGAGGAGUCAGCAACCACACCCUUAAAAAAACAUGACCCAAGAGACAGUCACUGAAAAUGAUAUCAGACAAAAAACAAAAGAAAUCUCAUCUGCUCAGUGCAUUGGCCGCAGCUGAAGGGAUCACAAAUAAACAUAACAGCGAAAAUAAUAAAUAAAACCUGACUACACAUCCCCCUUUUAAAUGUAACCAAGCCCUUUUUUUCACCUGACACCUCAACUUGCAUAUAUCCCGCAGGGAGGGCGCAACGGCUGGUUGUGCUGGCUCUGCAAAUGCUAACCACACAUAGCAAAUCAUUUGAAAUUGUUAUCCUGUAGAUUCACAGAGGAAUAAGGGUUGUUGAAGCAACUCUGAACUAGCAUUAACUCCAGCCCAGGGUUACCACCAGGUUCAUUUAGACGUAAAAGGGCUUGAUGAUCUUGUGUUUGACUAUGUUGAAGAAUUGUGCACAGUUUCAGCUGUUCUCUUAUUACUUUUUUUGCCUUUAGAUCAGUGGGCUAGUGGGAAUCUAAUUUUCCAUAAUGACUAUGACAGCAGUUGCUUUGGGGGGUGUCCCGAUACAACAUUUUUUACUUCCGAUACAAUACCGAUAUUGUAGCCUUCAGUGUCAGCCGAUACAGACAUUGGUACAAUUGCUUCUUUUUCAGACUUAAAAAAAAAAUACUACCACACAGCUGACAUCACUCCUACUCCUUGCUACUCUGUUGGUACCUUAGUAUACACUGUUGUUGUGAUUAUGUGGGCUCUGCAUACUGGAUCCAGGUCCUGCUAGUCAGAGGUGGAGUCUGGAAUGGACUGCUUGUAUUGGAGUGCUGAUACCAUACAUUUUAGAUGCAGGCCGAUAUAAUCCGGUAUUUGUUUUUUGGCUGAUAUCGGACCAAUAUCUGAUAUCAAUAUCUUACUGGGACAGCCCUAGUUGCUUUGGAACAUUUUAGGUGCAAUAAAACCACAGUCAAGUGAAAAAGCUACUCCGUGAAGCAUUAAUGUAAAUAUUAGUAAUUAAUAAUAUUAAUGUAAUAUUAUUUAUUCCAUCAGAAUAAAUGUGAAAAUCAAAGUUCAUUUACACUUUCAAUCGGAUAAAUCACCCGUAGGUUUACCAAACACUGGGAUUUGACAUCCUCACCGGUUGUUACAGCUGUUUUUUAAUGAGCUCUAUCCACUGUCUACUGUGUUUCUACAGAGAGCAUAUGAUUCGUCUUCAACAUGAGAACAAGAUGCUGAAAUUGGCCCAGGAGGGAUCAGACAAUGAAAAGAUCGCACUGCUGCAGAGUCUAUUAGAGGACGCUAACAGGAGAAAAAAUGAACUGGAGACGGAGAACAGGUCAGUGAAGAGCACAGAAGGCAAACAAAUGCAUUUUGUCACAUUACUUAUUUGUGCUUAUUUCCUUCUUAAAGAAAGUAAACAUUAAAUAACAAGUCACCUGAUAUAUUUUGUUUUAAGGGCCACAAUUGCAGCAUUAGCAUAUUCUGUCUCUGUGUUGAAACACAAAUCGAUCUUUUAUGUAAUCCCCCCACAAAGAGUUUCUUUGUUAAUACUGGAAUUUCAGUCAGUGACCUUUUAGCCAAAGUCAACCACUGUAAAAAAAAGGUGCAGUUUUACUCUAACGAUUGGUGCUUUUCAUGCAGGUUAAUUAAUCAGCGUCUGAUGGAGGAGCAGAGUCAGGUAGAGGAGCUACAGAAGAAUCUUCAAGAACAGGGUUCCAAAGCGGAUGAUGUGAGUAACAAAAUGUUUGUUCUGUGUUGUGCGCUCACAACUCUGGUAGCACCUGAAACGUUGGCGGAGUUGCAUUCUUUUCAUACCACACCUGGUAGAUAAAGAUUGAGGAGAGUAUCUAGUACGCCACUCCUUUUAGGUCAUUUCAGACAAGGAACAAUUCAUAUCAUUGAGUAUUUGUGUAUUUAAUCAUGUGAAGCAGCUCAUACACAAAUGAGAAUUCUUUUGAUUCACUUUGAUUACUUCUUGGUAAUUUCUCAAACUCUUCAUCCACUGUUUUUUAAUAUAUGUAUUUUUGCACUAAAGAAUCUUAAACCGUUGACAUGGAAUACAAUUUAUAACAACAUCAAACGUUGAGCACAUCAUGGAAACUGAUUAAUUAAUUUUUGUUACAUUUUAAGAGGAGUGUCUAAGGAACACAAUUUGUUAAAGUUUAAUUAUCAGAAUAAUUUUAGUGAUUCAAGUUUGUGGAAUUUGGACUAAGCAUUAGGAGCAAAAUUCUGAAAGACAGCACUUCUUGCAAACAAGUGAAAUAUUUGUGCGUUUUCUUUAUGACACUUCUGCUCUCAGACUAUAGUAAGUAUCCUUUUUUGUCAUUCCUAAUAAAUUUAAAGUGUUAGUUCCACCAGUCGGGUGUUUGCUUGUUUUAUCAUCCCUCUACAAAUGUGUGACAUCAUUGACAGUGUCUAACAUGCACAUAGAUUGGUCUGGAAUAACCUCCAGGAUAAUGUAAUCUUAAACUUGUACCAAUCCUUUACCUGCAGUUGUGCAUUUAUUCAAGCGAGUUGUUACACACAAGUAGAGGAUGAUUUCUCCAAUAGAGUAGUUUGAAUUUUGAUGGUCUAUCAUAGAUGUAGAAAUCACAUCCUCUAGUAACUUUUAAGAAUCCUUCUCAUGUAGAUUUUUUAUCCUUUAGAAACCCCUCUUCCUUUGGUCCUAGAUGCUGUUUGAUUUCAAGUCAAUAGAUAUUGUACGCGGAUGGUUUUACGACACACUAGCAAAGACAACAGAAGACAAGUAGUUAUGAUAAAGAUUUACUUAUUAAAACUUAACAGAGAAUCAAAGCAAUCCUGUACAUAAUAAUUUCAGCAAUUAUCCAAAGUGGAAGUGUUUUAUGUGGUCUAAUACUGAUGUUUUCCUUUUUUAUAUUUGUUUGGCACUGCCCCCUAUUGGAUGUGAAAAGGACUGUGUAGGACCUUGUUAUGUAAUUGCCCCUUUAUUUACACCCUUUACAGACCACUUUAACUCAGACAGGGAAUGACACAUUUCUGCAUCUUUGUGAUGUCCAAACAUUUCUGAUGACUUAAAUUGAACACCAAUGUGAACAUAUCCCAAGUCUUCUACUGCGUGCUUGUAGUAUUUAUCUGUCAAGUGGUUUUGGUUCAAAUAAAAUUUUAAAAAAAAGUAAUAAAACAUACCCUGUAUCUUUUUUUCAGUCUUCCAUCCUGAAGAAGAAGUAUGAAGAGCACAUGUAAGUUAUCCUAGAGCAGACCCAGAAAAAUGUUCUCUUUGGUGAAAGAAGAUCAGAAAAGAUUUAAAAUGUCCUUUUUGUCCUGUCUUAGAAUUAGAUCUUAAAACUUUUUUUCUUUUUUGUACAUUUCAUCAGGGAGAAACUACGAGAGUUGAACAACGAGUUACUGAAAAAGAACACUCUUAUCGACGAAAUGGAGCCCAAAUAUAAUGCCAGCUGUGAGUUUUGUUCCUGUCGAAUUCGAAAUGUGUGAAAUGUAGCCGAACUCUUGUUGACCUCCAUCAUCUCUUUCUGUCUGUUCUGAUCAUUUUGAAUUUCUAACUGAUUUUAUUUGUGAUUCUGUGGUCAAAGGAAUGAAAUAAAUAAAACAUUUGUGUUUUUUCCCUGAUAGCCCAACGAGUUGAGGAACUUGAAGAAGCAUUAAAGAAGAAAGAUGAUGAUAUGAAACAGAUGGAGGAGAGGUAUAAGAAAUACCUGGAAAAAGCCAAAAGUGUGAGUAACCUAUAAUUGUUAAUUACACACACUUUUUUUUUUUUAGCACAGUGGUGCUGUCUGUAGGUAUAUAAACUGACUGAAUGUGUCCUCUCCAGGUCAUUCGGACCUUGGACCCCAAGCAGAACCAAGGUUCAGGACCUGAAGUCCAGGCGCUAAAGAACCAGUUGCAGGAGAAGGAAAGGAUGUUACACUCAUUGGAGGUAAUUAAAGGUUUGAUAGUAUAUCAGAUCCGGUUUAGCUAGAUCACGGAGGAUUAAAGUCUGGGGUGUCAGUGUUUGCUCAGCAGUGUAAUCUAACUUUAAAAGUGGUCAAAGGCUUACUUUGUGGCUGUAUGUGUCCUCUUAACAGAAGGAGAUGGACAAGACAAAAGGCCAGAGAGAUUAUGAGGAGAAACUGAUCGUGUCAGCCUGGUACAAUAUGGUAAGAAAAACCCACCAGAAAUCCAGAGAUCACAUCCACCAUUUCUUUUUUUUUAUCCUCUAACACUGAAGGACAACUUUGAAUUAAAAGCCAUGAAAAUAAGUAUCAUGCAAGUCGUAAUCCAUUAAUUUGUGACAUGAAACUACUUUAGUACUGCUGCAUUAACUGUGUGGGUGAACAAUGUGCAUGUUUUUAGUCGGUAAAUUGACAUGAACCUGUUUUAAACCUUGAAACUUAACCUCUGUGAGUGUACCCAUAACAGCUUCACCGUUAUGUCACAAGGUACAGCCAACUCUUUUCCACUCAGCUCCCUUUUCUUCAGAGCCUUCAGUAAAACUGACGCCACAGAAGCACCAAUGAAAGUCUUGUGCAUCACGUUAGUUUGUAGUUCGUAGGAGUACAUAUCCCACUCAUUAGUAAAAUGGGCAGAAAUAAUCAGGCAGGACUCUGCAGAAGAGCCACUUAAGGUUAGAAGGACUUUAUGGAUCCCUGAAGGAACAUUCAAUUAGAUCAAAUUCAAUUACUUGUAACCGAUCUCAAGUUUUUGAGGAGAAACAUUAGCAAUCAAAAUUGUAACAUAUAUGGAUUCACCUAUACAUUAAAUAAAAUUGUUCUUCACUUGAAAGACUUACCACCAAACCCUUUUUUAUUCACUGAGGAAUUUUGAUUAUUACUUCUUUUUUUUCUAUUUAAUUUGGUUCUAUUUAUUUUGAACCGUUUAACUCUGUUACAUGAGAGACAAGACUAUUCUUGCAUCAGGGCAUUUGACCACUAGAGGGCAGCAUAUGUGCACGUAUACAUUUUCUAAAAGCUUAAUCUACAAGGUUACAUCUGUAACAUACUUGAUCAUAUUUGCUGUGUAAGAAUGAAACCGACCAUUAAAAUGUGUUAUAUAUAAGAUGACCUCUUUGUCUCUUUUCAGGGUAUGUCUCUGCAGAAGAAAGCAGCUGAAGACAGACUCGCCAACACCGGUUCUGGUCAGUCCUUCCUCGCCCGACAGAGACAAGCCACCAGCACACGCCGCUCCUACCCCGGCCACGUCCAGCCAGCUACUGCCAGGUAGAUGGCAGCAGGGCAGAAAAAUAAUACGACAACCUUAGAGAUCCCCUGAACUUACUUACAGUAAACAUGCUUUUUUUCUGAGGCCGUUUAUUUCUAUUGGACGUUCUUGUUUCCUUCCAUUUUGCCUAUUGAUUUUCUGUUUUUCUUCUUGAUCAGAUCCAUGAGGUAGAGAUGCCGGGCAAGGCUGCCCAAAUCUGACACCACUUUUUUUUUUUUUUUUUCCCUGACUAAACAUAUUUUACUCUGACUCUCUGGAUGCCAGGCUUCUCUCCCAUUUUUUUACAACCUGGCAUAUUUGACAGGGUCUGACCUCUCACUCCAAACAGCCCUCUUUUUUUCCUCUCAACCUCACCUGUACUCUGUGGCAGACUUUUACCACACAGGUUAACCUCGAGGCAGAGAAGAGUCACGUUUUCCCGAAAAUUUGAUGUAGAAGAUUCAGUCAGCUUGUCCGUGCAGUAAUUAUGCACAUCUCUACGUGUGACUGCAUUCAUUUUUUUUGACAGGACUUGACAAAUUUUGUUGUCCUGUGUUGACUGUUUUAACUCCAAAAAUGUAGCUUCAAGCUUGUUAGGGCGUUUUCAUUUCUUCAUGUCAGUGUUCCAGUUGUAUUUCUUAAUGCAGACACAAUGUUCUUCUAACCAUGUCAUUACAUUUGAUCUUAAGAUUCGGGUCAGUACUGAGCAUUUACUACACCAAGACAUAGGACAAUGUAUAGUUAUCAUCUGAAAAUGUUUCGUUUGUAGUAGGGCUGGGCGAUAAACUGAAAAUUUACCAAUACCAAAAUUUACGACUAUAACCGAUGUCAUUUUGCCCAUAUCGGUGUCAAAAAAAUUAUUAAAUAAAAGUCAUGUCCCUUUAAGACACUGUCUUAAAAGGGAAAGACAGGUGAGGAGAUGGAGGACAGUUGAAAAGUUGUAGCGGCUGAAGUAGAAGAAGUUACGUGAGGGGAGGGCAGCUUGUGGAGUAGUUAUCAUCCAUUUAUUGUUAUCAAGGUGAACUGCUCAAUAUAUCGUAAUAUUGAUUUGAGGCCGUAUCGCCCAGCCCUAAUUUGUCAAAAAAAAAUCAGACCAAAACAUAUAACUGAGUAACUUUUCUCAACAAUAUUUUCCCCUGUGUAAAAAAAGGCACAGUGAUUUCUUCAGCCAAUGGUGCAAAUCUUCAGCUGGGAAGAUGAUGUAAAAUAUCAGUAUGUUCAUUAGUCAUGUAAGCUGGUUUAUAUCUUAAGGAGUCACAGUUCAGCAAAGUGGGACUGGCGUCCGUUCACAUGAUUUAAAAUUUACCAGCAUUACCAGGUUGUCUGAGACAACACCAUAUGUGCCAUAGAGUGAGAUUUCAAAGAAGAUGCCAAGGUUUUGGUCAGUGUUCGCCGUAAAAGAUAGUCGCUGAGGUUAAAAAGGGAUCUGGUGUAUGCAUAGAUCUUCCUUUAAGAUGUUUGUCCGUGUUUUUGAAAGGAAGUUUGUAAAGGUGUGCUUGUUGCAGCUGUUCCUGUCAUUUCUUUAACCCAUUUUCACUUUUUUGUUUUGUUUACAUCACGGUUACUCUGGAGGCACACCAUGGAUAAUUUUUAACUAACAUGACGGACCUGCAGACGCUUCUUUUUUUUUUAUAUUAACCGUAUUUAUUUGCUAUGCCUGUUUGAUCAGUGCCAGAAUUCACACGAUCAGACCUCACUGCCUGACCAUAUUCUUUCUUUCUCCUCCCUCAACAGCAAUGUCAAUGCAUGACUGGCCCACCAAUAAGCGGGCCUGGCCUGUCUCUGGCCUACGCUGGCACACGAUGCAUGAACUACCUGCCUGCCUGCCUACUGUUUGCAUGACUUUGCAUAAUUGACUCAAGCCUGCGAAUAACCAGCACAGCAGCAGGACCAUGAGCACUAACAACCUUCUACAGUGUCAUGCAUUGUAACCCUAAAGAUAAGCCCACGGAGGUGUAGGUUUGGGGAAAUGAAACCCUUUUACCCUCUUUUCAUUAAACUCUCUUUCACGUUCUCAGCUCUUCACCCCACAUUAUCUCCUCUUAUUUCUUUACAUCUAUCAUUCCCCCACUUUUUUUCCUUCCAUCCCCACAACCUCAAACCUAAUGGACGUGCCUGCUUGUGCCUCCUCACUGCAUCAGGUCUGUAACAGUUUCAUCUGUUUGUUACAACCUUCUGCGACAGGGCAGAUCCCUUCAGCUAAGUCUGUCAAACAAGCAGUUAAUACAUCAAUCGAUAGGCCUUUUCUCCUGUAUUUGUGUUAGACUAUACAUAUACUGGCUGCUUUCAGAUACCUCGACGUAUGACGUAUUAUCACAAGUUUUAUUUUUAAUGACAUGGGUUGGGGAGAGUUGGCAUAAGUGUGAGUGAAAUGUUUUUAAAAGGUGCACAGAAAAAGGAGUUAGCCCGACUUCGAAACCUCUAGGUGUCACGGUUCUGCUAAGCCUCUCCUCAACAUGUUACCAAGUAGCAUGUUACAAGUGGAUUUACCUCAAGUGUUAGAGAGUUGGAGAAGUUUUGAUCUAAAGGACAAGCUUACAGGGCAUUACUGUGAUGCUCCCUUUUCUUUUUGGAUAGUUUUCAGUAUCAACGGGAUGUGCAGAAAUUCAGUGUUUUCAAGUGAAUAAAAGCUGUUUAAGGUUUGAUUUUAUACAGGGUAAAAACCCCCCUUAAGCCUACUUUGCGGUCUUUUAAAAUGACUUAAAUGCCAGUGUAGAGUCUUGCCCGGAUGUCAUAUUUUCCAGUGUUUCAUUGGCAAAUUGUCUGCAUUUUCAUUAAAGUUAAAUCAUGUAAAAAUACUUAGAUUCGAUAAGAUGGCAGACUGGUAAUCGUCUCAGAUGGUAUGAAACUGCAUUAGCUUGUGUAAGGUAAUGUGGAUUACAUCAGUUUGAUUGAAACACCAACUACAUUGAAAUGUGGAAGACAAAAGUAUUUAACAAUGUCAUAAUUCUGCUGAUCACAAAUCAAAUAUUGGUCAGAAAUAUUUGAUCAAGUCUUCACACCUGACAGGUCAUAGUGGCUCCAUAUUGUAUUCAUUAGCAAUACUGGGGAGAGCUCGGUGUCCAUGGUUACGUUUCUAAAAUAAGUCUUAUUUAAUGUUAACAUCCCUGGUUAUUUGCAGAGAUUUAAAAUCCUCCAUUGUUUAGUGCCUUUGUUUUGAAACUGAUGACAAGAGACUUGAAUACCAGCUGUAUUAUAAUACAUGAAAAAAGGAAAGAGAAAGAGCUCUAGUGUCAUCCACAAAACUCAUAUUUGAUGAACAGAUUCUCAUGUUCAGUUACAGUAGGCUUGAUGAGGGCUUUUUCACCUUUGUUUUCAUUCAUUUUAUCCAUAAUUGUUCAAAUGUAUAACCCUAUUUUAACUCAUGCCAUGCAUUUUAAUCUUAAAAGGCGUAUUUAUUCUGUUGCCGCUUGUACAGCAGUGUUGUUACAAUUUUUUUGUUUGUUUGUUUGUUUGAGUUUUACUAGUAUUAUAACACCACUUGUACUGUUACAACUGAUGUGUAGUUUCCUAAUGACAUCAAAAUACUGUUAAAUAUUUGUCUUAUGCAACAAAAGUAGGAAAUGUCUCCUCCAAUAAAAAGACACAAACUUUGUUAUUUUAAUCGUGUCAGCUGAGAUGAGUAAGAACAAACAUUGCAGGUGACAUUUUCCUCCUAACUUUUCAGGAAGCUUCUUACAAAGUCACCAUGCGUAUGAACUUGUCAUAAAAAGAGAUUUUUGUAUUUUCUUGUCGACAGAAAGCACACGCAACACUCAUUCGAUUGAAUUGUAGGUGUCGUUUAAUGACAGGAUUAAAGACCGGAGAAAGUUGUGGGAGAUAAACCACAAGAGAAACUGUAUUAUAAUGAAGUCAACAAAUCUGUGCGAUUAAUUCUGGACAAAUUGGAUUGUUCACCAGGGUGUCAAAUUUAUUUAAGUCAUAGUAUUAAAGCUACUUUAAAAUUGUGCAAUAUUUAAAUUCAAUUGCAAACGUUACAGGUGACGUAUUCCUUACUCUUUCCUGUCCAAGUAAAGUAAAUCACCUGUCAUUAUAUCCACAGAUCUCUUUCGACCAUCCGUCCCCAUUAGUCAGUGAUUUGGUAGGAAAUCUGUAUAUAAUGGGACACAUUCACAUUUCGGUUGACCUGUUAAAAUCUAUAUCAGGGAUGUUUGGAAAACAUUGUUUUGAUGUGUCAUUUCUCCCUGAGAGAAGUAUUUUGUCGUCUCCAACAAAUCGCUCACUGUGAUAUGUUGCCAAUAUGCAUCUGUGUGUUCACUUACUGUGAUUGGCCACAGAAAAUAUUAAUGAGCAUUACAGUUUGCUAAACAUGACACUGUAAGCUACAACCCAAAAUACCCUCCUUAUAUUCAUGUUUGAGAAGAAAAUACUGGAUAAGUAUUACUGAAACUGUUACAAACAACUGGUCACAUCAGUGUGUAUCACUGACAUGACUCAGCUAAAAUGAAUAACCAGUGUUCCCUAUUGUUACUUUAUUUCUAAUUGCACUGUGGGCCAGUUAAAGUGUAUUAAAAAAAAGAUGCAAAACAACAACAGUAGGUCUGAUCCAUCUCUACGCUUGCAGUGUUUGCUGUAUUUUUUUACUCAUUGGCAAAACCUCUUUACAUAUUUGAAGUAGCAAAUAACCUUCCAUUUGCCAAGUUUUAUAUUGCUUGUAUACAAACAGGUUAUGUAUAUACUGUAUGUGACAGUAGUAGAGGAGGUGCCAGGUUGUUUGAGAAUGAGAAAAUGAAACUUGUGUAGUUAGAUUUCAUAUAGUACCUGUCCAACUGAGGACCUAUCCAUGAACAUGUGCUUCCUACACUGCGAAACUUGGAAAUUGUAAAUAAAGCUUGUAUAAAACAGGGCGAUUGUGUGUUUUUUGUAAUAUGAACACCAUGAAAAGUUCAGAAGAUCUCUUGUACCCACAACCAUCAGACUUAUCAAUUCUUCUGUAAAUAGUAGAUGACUUUUUGAGACAUGACGAGUGAGACUAAAAACAAUCGAAUUUCCCUUCGGGGGAAAAAAUAAAGUAUUCUUUUUCUUAUGUUAAUUUGAAUUGCUUUAAGGAAUCACACACAUUUAUGGUUGGUUGAUAUGUUGGAUUAAAAUUUACAUCCAAAUUGGACAGAAUUUAUGAAGGAUAUUGUAUAUAAUAAUAAUAGACACUUGUGCUUUGGGUUGUAACUGGAUUAGAUACUCUUAAAGGACACAACACUGAAGGAAUAUGGGAGUCAUUGUAAUUUAGACCCAGCAGAGGGCAGUGUAAAACAACCACACCUGUAGGUAGCUGAACAUGUGUAAUGCUGAAAGAGAAGAAAAGUGGACACAAAUGGGAACACAGUAAGGAGUUCAGGACAGUAGCAUGUAGUCCACAGGUGCAUCAGUGUUUGAAACAGGUCAUCACCAUAAACUACAAACUCAUUAAUGCUCAAUUUACGCCCCAAAUCCAGGAAUAUUGACUGACAGCCAUGAGACAAGUUGACUUAAACUUUAAAAUGUUCAAAAGCCAUCUAUAUCUAUCUAUCUAUCUAUCUAUAUAUAUUAUAAACCCAUUUAAACUUACAAUUAUAAACUACUACCUAAUUUUUUUGCUGCAUUUUUUCAGUAACAUUUCAACUCUCAAGAAACUGUGCAGAAAUGAGGCCAGGGAAAGUGAAUGAGUAAACAACAUAACAAGACAAGGAGACAGUGAGUCAUGAAUAGUAUGAACAGGGUGGAUGACAGA